AUGAUCGAAACCGCCGUAUCUGUAUCCAAGUCGGUCCAAUUUGAAACCUCAGAGAAACCGGACUCAGUCCUCACCUUCCUCAGAGAUUACGGAUUUACCAAUGCCCAAAUCUCUAAACUCAUCAGAAAUCGGCCAACGCUUCUCUUAAUUGAUCCGGAGAAAAUCCUUAAGCCCAAAUUCGCGUUCUUAUAUUCUGUAGGGUUUUCUCCACCUGACCUUCCAACGAUUCUCUGUCGACAGUCGGGUUUAUUGGCAUAUAGCUUAGAAAACCAAAUUAUACCUUGUUUCGAGUAUCUUAAGGUAGUUCACAGUUCACACAAACAACAAUGUCGUCACCGUUCUCAAACGCUUGAGUUGGACUUUUGGAUCAUCUAUGCAGAAGGGUAUGGACAACAACACCACGAUCCUUCGCGAAUCAACGAUGAAAAGAAAUUGGAUACCUUUAAGAAGUGUGGUUGGUCUGAAGACGAUAUUACCUCAAUGAUAAAAAGACAAUAUCUUUGCUUGGUGCUUUCAGAGAAGAAGAUAGAAAGAGGGAUGGGCUUUCUGACGAACAAAAUGGGUUUGGAACCUUCAUUCAUUGCCAGGCACCCAAUGCUUCUCUGUUUUAGCUUGGAGAAGAGGAUGAUUCCAUGGUAUUCAGUCAUACAAGUUUUGCUAUCAAAGGGACUCAUUAACAAGGAUGUCAGCGUGGUUCAAGCUCUCUUGUUGAGUAAGAGUCGUUUCAUGAACAAGUUUGUAAUUAGAUACCAGAAGGAAAUUCCAGAGCUUCUGAAGAUAUUUGAAGGUGAGAUGGUAUUUGGAACUAAUCAAAGGGUCUGAGGAGAUGGAAAGCUGAAAGUUUUGGAGAAUUAGGUUUACAGAUUACUGAAGAUAUUUGAAGGUGAGAUGGACUACUUGGAACUAAUCAAAGGGUCUAAGGAAAUGGACAGCUGAAGAAGUUUCAGAGAAUUAGGUUUACAGAUUUCUUUAAGAUUUUCAAUACCCAGCGUUUCCCAAUUUGAGAGCAUUCUACUUUUUCUGUUUCACUGAAUUUUCUUUCUACACCAUUGUGUUUUUCCUUCAAUCUCACCUAUAAUGAUCAAGAAUAGAGGGUUCCAUACUUCCAUGUAUAGAGGUUGAAGACCAUGGAGACAAACAGAAAAGGGAAAAGGCUUGUUUGGAGUCUGUGGAUGAAACUUAGGCAUUUAGAUACUGUUGUAGCUCAUAUAUUUUUAGUGGGUUAUGCAUGAUGCUGUGUCUGAGGCCCAAAAUUUGGCGAGUAAUGAUUUCCGGUUACUUUCUUCCAAGCAAGAAUGAUAUAUGGGAAGUUGGGAACCUGAUAGGGGCCUUUCAACUACUACAUGCAGGUUCAAAUUUGAGAGAAGUCAAUUUGUGCGAAAAAAGAAAUGCUGAAGUCUAGGACUGCAUCUGGUUUACCUAGAUAGCUGGGUAGCUGGGAUGAA